GAUCGUCCGCCCCUUCCAUGGCGAAUAGCUAGGAAGCAGAGCAUCCAUGGCGGAGAAGCCUCGCGUGGUGAUCAUUGGGGCGGGCUUGGCCGGGCUCACCGCCGCCCGCUGCCUUCACGCCGCCUCCGCCGGUGACUUCUUCGACCUCUGCGUCGUCGAGGCAGGCCAUCGCAUCGGCGGCCGCGUGCUCACCUCCGAGUUCGCCGGCGACCGCAUCGAGAUGGGCGCCACUUGGAUCCACGGCAUCGACGGGAGUCCGAUUCACGCUGUCGCCGCUGACAUCGGCGCUCUCGCCGGCAGCGCUAGCGUCCCUUGGGAGCGAAUGGACGGGUUCCCUUCCGAUCCGCUCACCGUCGCGGAGGGAGGCACUGUCGUCGACCCGCUUCUCGUUGUCGACCCAAUCACCUCGCUUUACUGCGGCCUCAUGGACUCCGCCCGCGACGGCGAUGCUCCCGUCGAACCGAAGCGCCCUGGCGUGGGGCCGUUCCUCCGCCGCGGCCUCCAAGAGUACCGCGUCUCCAGGGGAGACAAAGGGGCGGAUGUAGGCGGCGGCUGGAGCCUGGAGGAUAUGGAGGAGGCCGUGUUCGCCUUGCACGAAUUCGCCGAGCGGGUCUGCACCUCUGCCGAUGACCUGAGCGACCUCGAUCUGGCGGCGGAGGGCGAGUACAGGGACUACCCGGGGGAUCAUGUCACUAUCGCCAACGGCUACUCUCGGAUCAUCGAACACUUGGCCAGCGCGCUGUCCCCGGCCACGAUUCUCCUCGGCAGGCGCGUCCGGCGGAUCGAGUGGCGCCUCGGCGGCGAUGACGGCGGCCCGGUGAAGCUCCAUUUUGACGGCGGCGAGAACCUGACCAUGACGGCGGACCACGUCAUUGUGACGGUCUCGCUGGGAGUUCUGAAGGCCGGGCUGGGGAAAGAGGGCGGCGGCGAGACGAGCGGUUUGGAGUUCUCCCCGGCUCUCCCCGAGCGCAAGCGGGAGGCGAUCAGGCGGCUAGGGUUCGGCGUGGUGAACAAGCUGUUCAUGGAGAUGGGCGGCACCGACGAGACGCGGUUCCCCUUCCUCCAGAUGGCGUUCGCCCCGCCGACGAAGGAGGCGAAAAGGACCGUCCCGGCGUGGAUGAGGAAAACGGGGUCGAUCUGCCCCAUCUAUCGCGGCUCGCGGGUACUGCUGGCCUGGUUCGCCGGAACCGAGGCGCUGGAACUGGAGGCUCUCACGGACGAGGAAAUCAUCUCCGGGGUGAGCGCCACGCUGGACGCGUUCCUUCCACCGACCGCGGCGGCAGCGAGGGUGCAAAGGGUUAAACGGAGCGGGUGGGGGCGCGACCCGCUGUUCCUUGGGUCGUACAGCUACGUGGCGGUAGGAUCGAGCUCGGACGACCUGGACGCGAUGGCGGAGCCGCUGGCCGGAGCUAGGGUUUCGGCCGUGGUUCCGACUCCGGAACUACUGUUCGCCGGGGAGGCGACGCACAAAAGCCACUACUCGACCACUCAUGGAGCGUAUCUCAGUGGGGUCCGCGAGGCUACGAGGCUCCUGCGACACUACGUGCCAAAGCUAUGCCCUAGCGCCGCGGCCACUUAGAAAAACAAAAGCCUUUUCCAUUUGCAUUUAGAUGUCGUUCAUUUUCUGAUCGCGUUACCUUUGAACAAAAUUUCGAUCGAUCUGAAUUUUUAUUCGUUUAUUUUUCUAAA